AAUUUUAAAAAGGUGCCUGAUACGAUACAACACCGAAUCCUCCAACCGACAAAUGGCGCUGUGUAAUCAAUUCCUUCCUUGUUUUGCUGUAACUAGUCCGCUGGCCAAACAUCAAAAAAAGUGUUUUCAAGUGCUUUAAACAUGUCCGUUUUUGUUUCUGUAAUAGUAUACGACGUAAAAACACACAAGCUUAGUCAAUAUCCAUCGGAUUUAAAUGUGUUUCCAGAGAAAUAUGUAUAACACAACGUGUUGCUGCUAGUUAGCUACGGAGCUGACGCGUUUAGCGUCAUCGGGUGUGUCCUAAAUGACUCCAUACUCCCUACUCUGUCUGUAGUGCAACAAUGCCUCAGGCAGCAUAUGUAGUGCACUAAAUAUGUAUAUCAGAGGCAUACUGGACACAAGCCGCUAUUCUUCAUGCUUGGUUGCUUCGUUUCUUUUAACAUACAGCAGAGUUUCCCGGCGAUUUCUAACCGCGAAUGAAAGAAAACAUCGACAGUUGAAGGGAAAAAAAGACACUCCCACGUCAACACUAUCCAGAGAACUUAAGUUUGAGACACUUGAAACGUAUUUCAAGAUGUCUUCGACCUUUAAGAGCUUUUUCUUCUUUUUGUCAGAAGGUUAGCGUUGGUCACCAUAGCAACGGAUGUCCUUUAACUACCUCUGACCUGUCAGUUUGACCCGAUACGGAGACGCCCGUCUAAAAUCGGACGCACGAUGUCGACCGGAGACGCAGGGGAUCGUGGGAAAGAAAGGGAACGGGGCGCCCGUCCCAAAGUGCGUCAGAGCCGGUCUGAGGAACGGCAGGAUGGAGGGAGGCGGAAAGGAGGCAGGGGUAAAAGGAAAGGCCGCUUGGCUCACGAAGCGGCGUCGGACCGGCCGGUCAGCGACGGAUUCGAAUACGGCGAUCUCUUAAACGGGCUGGAACCCGGAAACACAGGUUCUUCAUUUCGUGAACGCCGGUGGCGCCAAGUCCUCAGCUCACCCGCGUCCUCGUUGAGCGAGAAAGUCCCGGCCAGGAUAUCUCAGAGCACUCUGAACGAUGAACAGCCUGUGCCCGAGACCAGCAGCAAGUCUUCUGGCGGCAGUCGUACCCUCAGGCAGAAGAUUCAGGAUGCCGUAGGCCAGUGUUUUCCCAUCAAGACCCACAGUGGACCUUCUGCUUCAGGAUCGGGCAUCUCGGCGUCUCCUGUCGCAGCUUCUUCCCGGAGGAAGAUCCAUCUGAGUGAACUCAUGCUGGACAGUUGCCCGUUCCCACCUGACUCCGAGCUAGCACAGAAAUGGUACCUGAUCAAGCAGCAUACGGCUCCUGUUUCCCAACCGCCCGUACUCGACGCUUUCUCUGCAUGCUCUGCUUCCUCGGCUUCUGUCGUCGAGGACGAGGAUGAUCGCUUGCGAGAGAGGCGGAGAAUAAGCAUCGAGCAAGGCGUCGACCCACCGCCCAAUGCUCAGAUCCACACGUUCGAGGUGACCGCGCAGAUCAACCCGCUGUACAAGCUCGGGCCCAAGUUGGCGCACGGGAUGAACGAGUUGGCCGGGGACGACCGGGCCACUCUACAACAACAACAACAACAACAACAACAACAACAACAACAGCAGCAGCAGCAGCAUGUGCUGCAGAGGCAGCAACAGCACCACCAACUGCUUCUCCAGAGCUGCUUGGACACUCUAGACGAGGUCGUCGCGUCUUCCUCGGGAUCCGCCCCAUCCUUUCCUACCGAAUCCCAUCCGGAUUCGGAUUCCUCCUCAUCUUCGCCGUGUUCACUGACAAGAGCGUCCCUGGUGACGACGGAGCACUUCAAACCUCAAGAUGGCCACCAUCGUGCCCACACGCAGAUCGAUUACAUCCACUGCUUGGUGCCGGACCUGCUCCAGAUCACCAACCUGCCGUGUUACUGGGGGGUCAUGGAUCGCUACGAGGCCGAGACGCUCCUGGAAGGCAAACCCGAGGGAACCUUCCUUCUUCGCGACUCGGCCCAGGAGGACUACUUAUUCUCGGUCAGCUUCCGGCGCUAUGGCCGCUCUCUGCACGCCCGUAUCGAGCAGUGGAACCACAACUUCAGCUUCGACGUACACGACCCCAGUGUGUUCCACGCACCCACGGUCACGGGUUUGCUCGAGCAUUACAAGGACCCCAACUCGUGCAUGUUCUUCGAGCCACUGCUCUCAAGUCCCAUCCAUCGCACGCGGCCGUUCAGCCUCCAGCACAUCUGUCGCGCCGUCAUCAGCAGCUGCACCACCUAUGACGGCAUUAGUGCCCUGCCCAUCCCCAACGCCCUCAAGGAGCACCUGAAGGAAUAUCAUUACAAGCAGAGGGUUCGUGUACGGAGACUCGACACCGGCUGGGAGUGAAAACCUCGGUGUGUUUUUUGCUAACUUUUACCAUGGCCAGUAAAAAAAAAACAUUGUCAACAAAUCCAGGCAUGCUAGCAUAAUGCAGGCAUGCUAGCCUUUUGAAUUUAUUCAGUACAGAAGCACGUUAAGGCUAGCUUUAAUGAAUCACUGAUUCACAGAACCCGAGCGAUGCUAAUACGACGGACGCCGCACCACUUGAUUGCUAAUUCCUACCACAGGCAGUAUAGACUAGUGCUUUGUGGCUAGAAUCAAAACCCAAGUGUUCUCAUGCUAAUCUAGGGAAGACUGCGAUAAACUUCAGAAGUACCACUAACGUUAGUGAAUUAGCGACUCCAAGCAUGCUAAUGCUUAUACACUAACGACUGCACGACUUGAUUGCCGUCUGAUACCGUGGCAAGUAGAAACUAUAGUGUUUGAGCUAGCAUGAACGAACCACUGCAUGUCAGUCUAGCGUAUUAAAAUACUAAGCUAAGUUUUAAUGAUCACAUCACGUAGCCACAAACAGCUACAAGAGACUUAUGUUUGGCUUUAAAGUGCCCCUGAAAUGAAAUGUUGGUGUUUCAGA